UUUAUAGUUAUCAUGUAGUUUACUAAUUAAAGCGAUCAACACAAGCGCCUAUUUGCAGUCAAAUAUAAGCUGAGUGAGUUUGUGCUCGAAGUUAAACUUGGCUUGGAUUGGUGCAAGAUUUCAUAAAUAAAUAUAAAUGUAUUCCUCUGUCUGAUUGAGAUGCCGCAAGUCAGUAGACUAAUGUUUAAUUUUAUUUUGUCAGUAUUUAUUUCGAAUAUUGUAAGUGUUUCAUCGAGAAAUGAUUUAAAAAAUGAUCCUCGAAGCAACGGAGAUUUGGCACUCUGGAUUGAUGAAAAGCAAGUAAAAAUGUUUAGUGGCAUGUCGAUGGAGAUUUAUGCUAUUUUAAAUGGAAACGUUUUGCCCUACAUUUUGGAUCCUAAUUUUGAGAACUAUUUGCCAGUAAUUCCCUCUGAAGUAAGACGUGUAAACUUCACUUGGAAAGCUGGUUUAAAAAAAUAUUACUACAAUUUUGAUCAACUUCAAUCUUAUGAUGAAAAAAUACUGCAAGCUCCUGAAAUUUCUAUUAAACCUCGUGGCAGGGUGCCAAAAAAACCAAAGGAGUUUAGUAUAUUUUUAACCUGUACUAAUACAUCGGGAAUAGCAAGAUUUGGAAUAAGCUUGCUGAUAGAGAACAGAAAAGGCAAAGCUUUGGAUGGAACACCUCUAAGGCUUAAGCUGAGGAAGGAAUGCUCAUUUUCUCAAAGAAGUCCUGACCCCGAAUGUGAUAAAAAAUGUGCAAAUCAGGGUUGGUGUAACAAUGAAAAAAUUUGCCAGUGCCCUGAAGGAUACAUGGGUCAAUAUUGCAAAACGGCCUUGUGCUAUCCUCAGUGUAUGAAUGGAGGUAUUUGCACAUCCCCAGGAGUAUGCAGUUGCCCUCUUGGUUUUCAGGGUCGUCACUGUGAAGGUGGUAUUUGUAGUCAGAAAUGUCUCAACGGAGGUAAAUGUGUGCAGAAAGACACAUGUGAUUGUUCAAAAGGAUAUUAUGGACCCCACUGUGAAUUUUCACGUUGUAUAAUCCCCUGCUUAAACGGUGGCAAAUGCAAAGCAGUAAAUAAAUGUAGAUGUCAGCGGGGAUUUCGAGGUGACCACUGUGAAGUGGGUCCACGGUUUGGCAGAGCUAAACCCCACAGAAGCACCUGCGCAUUGCAGUGUAAACACGGGACAUGUGUGGAUGACACAUGCAUUUGCGAACCCGGUUGGUAUGGACGGCUUUGCCAUCAUAGUGCAGCCGCACGCAGGUAGUUAUGGAGCAACAGCAACAAAUUGGUACAAUGAUGUAUAAAUAAAUUAAAUUAUUUUCCAAUAAUAAUGUUUUUUUUUAUGGAUUUGGGUCCUCCUCAUGUCAUUGGAUUAAAUGACCUGCAUACGCGGCAACAUUCA